AUGUCUAACAACUCCCAGUGGAAUUUGUUUCAAUCAAAUAUGUUGAACGGUAGCGAUUCUUCUAUGAUAAACUUUAAAACCCUUUCGGCAUUAACAAAUCUAAACAAUUACCCAUCAUCGAGAUCUUCAAAUCAUUCACCACCAAACUAUAAUUCACAGUCAAGUCAAAAUUUUCCCAUGCCAUCACAAUAUCAGUCGUCGCAAUUUCAUCAAAAGGAGUCUUCGAUGAAUAAUAUGUUUAACAAUGGACUACAGUCUUCAAACUUUGAUGUUUUCUCUUCUGAUAACACCGCACCUGUGAGUCGUUAUCCUCCAGCUGGCAAUGACAUUUUUGGUGGACAUGACACGGCUACUGCGAGCAGCUCAAACAAUUCAAAUUUUUCAAAUGAAUCGUUUGGUAACAAUCAAGGAGUUAGAGAAACCGGAAUCAUAGAGAAACUUUUGCAUUCUUAUGGUUUUAUUCAAUGUUGUGAGCGCCAGGCAAGAUUAUUCUUUCAUUUCAGUCAAUUUAGCGGCAACAUUGAGCAUCUUAAAAUUGGUGAUCCCGUUGAAUUUGAAAUGACUUAUGACAGAAGAACUGGUAAACCCAUUGCUAGCACUGUUACAAAAAUUGCUCCUGAAGUGGUAUUAAGUGAAGAAAGAGUAACUGGUGUAGUAACAACAGAAUUGAGGACUGAAGGCUCGGGCGGUGAUACACAAGGUCGAAUUAGUUAUGAAAAUCGAGGAGAGUGUUUCUUUCUCCCUUACAAUAAAGAUGAUGUUGAAGGUAACGUGACUCUUAGAACUGGUGAUCAAGUAAGCUUUCAAAUCGCAACAAAUCAGAGGGGUAAUUUGGGAGCUACACAUGUCCGCUUAGAAAAUCCAGUACAUCCAGUUAAAUAUCAGGGAGUUGUGUGUUCUAUGAAAGAUGUUUUUGGUUACAUCGAACGAGCUGAUAUUGUUAAAGAAAUUUCAUUUCCAUUUACUGAAUUUAAAGAUUCCUCCAAACCUUUACAAUUGGGUGAUGAUGUAGAAUUCAUAAUACAAACACGUAGUGGAAAAGAAGUUGCAUGUAAUAUUGAACGUUUGCCUCCUGGUUCAGUAAUAUUUGAAGAUAUCGAGGAUACUGUUAUGAAGGGCCAAGUUUUAAAACCUUUAGACAAAACCCCUCAAAAUCAUUUACCAUCUGAACCACUACCUGGACGUAUACGUUAUAGAGCACCUGAUUAUUCUGAAGUUGAAGUUUCAUUUGGUGAAAAAGAUCAGCAGGGUGAUUUUACGCUGAGACAUGGUGAUUGGGUUGAAUUCCGAAUAGCAACUGAUCGACGAGAUCAGUUAAAACGAGCUACUAAUAUUUCGCUUUUACCAGAAUCGUUUGUAGUUUCUGGUGAAAGAAGAGAACUAGGUAUUAUUGCAGUUUUAAAACAAGGAUUUGGAUUUUUACGUUCUGUAGAAAGAGAACCAAAGAUUUAUUUUACUUUCAAUGAAGUUCUGGAUGUUCAACGAAAAUUAGAAUGUAAUGAUGAAGUUGAAUUUACAGUGGCUCAGGAUCCUUCAUCUUCAUUUGGAAAUUCUAGACAAAGUGCCAUACGAAUUAAACACUUGUCACGUGGUUCAGUACAAUUUGAAGUACUCAUUGAAGAAGGAUUAGUUGGCUUAGUAACAGUUGUGGCUACAGAGUUAUUUGAACCAUCAAGUCCUUCAAAAAACAAUGCUCAUCAGUUUGAUGAGGUUACUUAUGAACCAGGAGUUAUCACUUUGCAUUCAAACGGUGUUAAGAGAACAAUACUGUAUAACAUCAAAGACUGUAACGGAAAAUAUAUACCAAGACAAGGAGAUAAAGUGAGAUUCAAUCUUUAUCAAAUUAAACGCAACAAGGAAUUAAUUGCGAUGAAUAUUCAUUUGGCCUCAACCGCGUCAAACAAUACAAAUAAUACACAUACUUCGUCUACUGACGAACCAAAUCGAGUGGACAUCAAGUAUGGCUAUAUUGCCGCACUUAAAGAUGGGUUUGGGUUUAUCGAAACCAUAGCACUUGAUUCUGAAGUAUUUUUUAGAUAUGCAAAUUUGAAUGAACCAAGCGCGUCUCUUGAACUUGGUAUGGAAGUAGAAUAUACACUGAGUACCAGGAAUACAGGAAAUGGUGGGAGCUGUGCAUCUGCUGAAAAUGUUAGAAUUUUACCACCAGGUUCUAUUAGUGACAACUGCGAAUUGCUUCAACCAAAUGUUAUUUUGGAUGGAGUGGUCUCUCGUCCAUUGCGAUCUGUAAAUCCCGAGCAGACUGAAUAUGCUGGUAUAAUACAAGAAGUACCAACAACCGAAGAAGAAAAUAUUUCGCAAUAUGAAUUUGGAAUUAAAGGUUUGAUAAAUAAAAGAGAGUUGUUACAAGUUGGAGAUCCUGUACAAUUUCAAGUAGACUCAAAAAAUAGAGCUGUAAAUAUAAUUGCGAUUCGAAAGAAACAAAGAGCUCACGUCGACGCUAUUAAAGGAUUAUUUGGUUUUUUAACUCAUGAAGUAGAAGGUGGUAAAAAACUAUUUUUCCAUACAUCUGAAGUAACUGAUGGAAUUAAAUUAUACCAAGGAGAUUUAGUGGAAUUUGUAUUAGUUGUCAAUCAACGAUCAGGAAAAUCAUCUGGCUGCAAUGUCACCAAAAUAAGUUCUGCUGAAAAUUCACCUCCCAAACAACCAUCUCAACGACCUGAACAUUUGAUUAACCGCAUACGUACCAUUUCUGUAAUAGAUGACGGUUCACCAAAAUUAGUAGUAAUUCGCCAGCCUUUAGGUCCAGAUGGAUCAAAAGGGUUUGAUCCAAAUGCUCGUAAACAGCACAAUCCAGGGCAGCUUAUUGAUGUGUAA